AUGGACGCGUCGUGGUCGGCGGCGCUCGCGGCGUUACGCGCGGACGCGCGCGCGUUCGGGGUGGAAAUCGGCGUCGUGAAGAUGACGAAAACUUUGAAAUCAGUGCGAAAAAAUGCGAUGCGUUCGACCGUGCGCGCGCCGCUCGGCGGUUUGGACGCGCGACAGGCGGUGAUGUACGCCGUGAUCAUGUUUGUCUUUAAUUGGCUCCUGCGCGUGGUCGUGGUCGAGCCGCUCGGACGCGUGUUGAUGGGAUUCAGCGGUAAGGCGAGGACCAAGGCGCGAAACGCGCGCGCGGAGAAAUUCGCGCAGAGCGCGCUGGAGAUGGUGACGUACGGAGCGUUCAGUUACUUUGGAGCGAUGAUCGUCCCGAAACAGUCGUGGUUUUGGCCGUCAUCGGAGUGGUGGAGAGGAUUUCCGGUGAAGACGUUAGCCACGGACGGGGCGCUGCGAUGUUAUUACCUGGCGUACGGCGCGAGGUACGUCGCCGGGGCGGUGAACGUCCUGCUCGAGCACAAGCGAAAAGACUUUUGGUCGAUGCAAUUGCAUCACGUGUCGACGAUCGGUGUGAUCUGGGUGUCGUACGUCUACGGAUGGACUCGAGUCGGGGCGGUGAUCAUGCUCGUGUUGGACCCGGCGGACGUGCCGCUGCACGCGGCGAAGUGCGCGAAGUACAUUGGCGACGCGCGCGGGAAUAAGCGAUUUCAGCUCCUGGCGGACGUCUUGUUCGCGAUUUUCCUCGUCACAUUUUUUGUCAUGCGACUGGUGAUGUAUCCGUACGUGGUAUGGAGCUCGCACUUCGAGGCGCGCAGGUAUUUUGGAGCAAGCUUCGGGUACUGGACCUGCGUCGUCCUGCUGUACAUUAUUCUCGGCUUGCAGGUGUAUUGGUUCAAGCUCAUCGUCAACGUCGUCCAUCGCAUCUUGAUCACUGGCUCCGCCGAGGACGUGCGAAGCGAUGAUGAAGACGACGACGAAGAAGAGGACGACGACGACGCGAAGAAGCGUCGAUAA